UCAAAAUCAAAAAUAAAAAGUGAAAAAAACACGGAAAUAAAAUGUCAAAUACCAAAACUCGAAUUAUUUUGGUACGCGCAAUACAGAGUCCUUGGAAUAAGCCAAGCGUUAAACGUGACACAAAUCGUAAAAUCCAACUGAAAGAUACUCAUGCAAUUCGUGCAGCCAAGAACCAAAAAAUCCAAAAGACAAACCCAACAGAAGCGCACAUCAGCAUGAAAUUUAUGUAAAGGCUAAACUCAUAUUCCAUAAAGGCAGAAACAGAAGCAGAAGCAGAAGCAGAAGAAACAGUAGUGCAGUAGUAAAUAUUAAGCAUUUGAGCCCAGCAGAAGGAUAAAGCAUACAAAAUAUAUUAAAACACAUAAAAUUGGUCUCUGUGAGACGAGAAGGCACGUUAUCGGCAUGGGAGACCUGCAAGCAACAAUUGAAUUUUCGGUCGAGCUCUAUAAAUUCUUUAAUGUGGACUUAUUUCAAAGGGGCUUGUAUCAAGUUCGCUGCGCUUUGCGUGUUGCACCAAGGCUACCGGUGCAAGUGGAGACCAGCAUACCAGAAUCUAACAAUCAAAAUCAGUCACAAUCAUUAACAAAUGGCGAACUUAUCGGUGAUGCCGACCUGCAACAGCAGUCACAAAAUCAGCCACCAAACUGUACAAUGCCUGGAUCUGCAUACAUAAUUAACGGCUGUGGUGCCUCACGUGUAUUUCAGAUACUUUAUCGCAACGAAGAGGUGACGUUGCGCGAUGUCAUACACUUUCGUACGCAUUUAUUAGUUGAUAGUCGCCACUUGAAGGAAUCAAUUGAACGUGCUGAAUUCUCUUUACAUCUUGAACUGUGGUUUGCUGAACAAAAUGGCACAAGUAAUUUAUCAUUAGCAUCGACACGCACCUUGCAACUCAAUUUCCAUCCAGGUCGAGGACUGCAUUAUCAUUUACCAGUACUGUUUGAUUAUUUUCACUUAGCAGCUAUAAGUGUUGGAAUACAUGCCAGUCUUGUGGCUCUGCAUCAGCCUUACAUUAAGAAAACCCUAUUUCAGUACAUAAAAAAAUGUGCACCAAAAAAAUCAAAUGCUUGGAUUAGUAGCAGUAAACUUAGUUGCCGAGGUAGCUUAUCACCUGGACCACUCGAAGCUGUAUUCUUUGGACCACAAGUCGUAGGUCCAACAAAAUGUAGUGGAGGUCCUGCAGGUCGUCUUGUUCAAUCGAGACAAAUACACCAUGAAAUCUGUAGUCUCUUAUUAGGUGCAAUUGAGAACUUAAAAAUAACGUUAAAUGAAUUUAGCACUGUUUUAUCGCCAAGUAUGAACAAUCAGAUAGGUUCUCCACCUUUAAAAGAUAAUGACACAAAUGAAAGAUUGCAGCAAUUAACAGAACAAGCAAAGAUGCAUGACUCUGAAGAGGACUUUGCAACACGUGCAAAUUCGGAUAUAGCACAGUUGUGCGCGGAAAGUAUUCUACACUGGAGGCGUGUACUACUUGCUUCAACACAGCCUGCUAUACAUACUUUAUUGUCAAAGAAACAUCAUAUUUUGCGCAUACGGCGUUUCGCUGAGGGUUUCUUUGUAACUGAAAAUCCUCGACAUUCGGCUGCUGGUUGUUAUGAUAACAAUUAUCAAAAUUACAUAGCAAUUGCUGAAAUGGCGAGACGCAGUCGUUAUAUGCAAUCGUUACCACCUUUGCCAGUGCAUUGUACUCCGAUCGACGGUGAUACUAACUCGUUGCCUUUAAUUUUUGAGGAUCGAUAUGUGGAGACCCCGAAUUACUUACGCAGGCGUACAGGCAGUGAUCCCAAUCUAAAUAUUUACGAAUGUGACAAUGGUCUAACGCAUAAAAAAGGAACAUCGACUGGUCACAUCUUACUGCAUGAUAAAACGUAUUCCAUAAAUAGUCUAAAUGGUCGCAGCAGCAGCGCUGGCGCUAAGGAAUGCUCCUGUGGUAUUAACUAUGAAAAUCAAAACAACACACAACCACCACCCGGUGUCCUAACACCACGUUUUACUUUAGGCGGUGAAAUACUGCAAGCUAGUCUCACCAUAGCGCCUGCUGCUGUUAAUAAAUCUGUUAGUGUUGGUAUGAAUCAACGUCAAAUGUCUAGACAUUCAGUGACUGGUUUACUCGACGAAAUGAAUUGUCAAUCAGACCAUACUAAUGCCUACGCUAUCAGUAGUGUUACAUUACCCACAAGACACAGUAAGUCUUUGGAUCAGUUAGACGGAGCUAUGCAUAGUGUGCCAACAAUGCGUACUCAAAGCCAAACCCAAAAUUUAUGUAAGGAAAUAAGAAAAUUUGAAGAGAUCAAUUAUAUGCAUUUCAAUGGAAAUAAUUGCGACAGUGCAAAUAGCCUUUCUAUAGCAACAACACCUGGUAGUUGUAGCACUCGUAAGCCCAAGGUACAGGCAGAGGAUUUAAUGAGAAACAUUUCUGAGGUAAGACAGAAGUAUAAGAAUUCAGAAGAGACUUUUAACUGCAGACAUCCAGUGAACGGCGCUACCACAGAUUCUUCAAAUUCUAAAAUCAAUAACCACAAUAAAAACAUUGGCGGCACACUAAAUAGGCAGCCUGAACAUACGCGCGCCGGAAAAUUUGAUUAUUUGCAUGAAAUUAAGCUUCUUAAUCCACCUAAGCCAAAUACUCAACUCGCACAAGGUAGUAAUUAUUACAAUUCUCUGCCGAAAAGUGUUGUAAAUGGUUGUAUUCCUCCGAGAAAUUCUUAUCCACCGAUACCAUCGAAGAAAUCAAACAAUGUUUUGGAGAACAAUAAAAUGAAUAAUACAAAAAUGGCCCUAAAUGGAGUACAGCAGAAUACAAUACCACGUAGUAACUCCACGCAGGCUUUACGGCUUAACCGUUCAAUCGAUAUGGAAUUGAACUCUUCAACAAUUCCACGUUCAGUGGAAAUUGCUCGUGUAAGAGUGUCCGAUCUAAAAGAAAUGCUUAAGAAUGGUACACUUAGAAAGGAAUCAAGCAGCUCGGAAAGUGAUAUACCAAGUAAAUUGCAAAAGGCAAGCGCUGAUCAUAAAUUACUCUCAUCUGCUAGUGUACCAUUUCGUUUAGAAUUUUAUAAUAGCACAAGUACUGAACAGAAUACAAGUGGUUUUAGUGAGUCCUUGCCGAAUCUAGCACCGCCACCAGAAUUUGAUUCACGUUUAGACAAAAAAGAAAAUGUACUCAGUAACUCCACGUCUUCACUUAGCGAAGAAAGUGGCUGGGUUUCAAGUAGACGCAGCUCAUGUGCUCCAUCCAGCCCAGAAACGAUUACAAAUGGUAGUAGUAAGCCAAGACAGACAAAUAUCGUCGGUAUGGAAACUAAAUUAAAUGGUGAGCAACUGCGUCUUAAAUUACAAAAACUAUUAGAACAACAAAAUAAAACGAAAAAACAAAGGCAAGCAAACUCUGCAGCACAUCAACGUAAAAAUCUUGCAAAUCUAGAUGUACCCAUUCACAAAAAAGUAUCGACAGUAACGCUUAAGCUUAAAUCGGAGAGUACCAAAGCAUACUUAGAGCAUAGAAAACAUUUACGUAAUCUGCCAACAAGUGAGUCUACCGAAGUAGAGGACUUGGAGAAACCUAAACCACAUCGACGAGAUAGAAAUCGUCAUCAUAAAUCAGAGAAAUCAAAAUCUGAUUUUGAUUUAACCAACAUAAAAGAGGCUAUGCCAAUAGAAAGUGUGCGUGUACCACCUCCACAACAAUUUCAGGAUGAUCUUUUGCCACCUGAUGAAUUUAGAGAUCCACCAGUUCAAACAAUAAAUGAUAUUACAACGACUAAAAAUGCGAAACACAACGAAGUUAAAAGUAUUUCAACUAAAUCACAAACACCAAAACCUAGACUUAAAUUAAACAAAAGUUGCUCCAUUAGUCCAAAAUCAACAACAAAGGCCACAGCCAAAAAACCUGCCGAAAUUUACAAUGUCGAAACAAUUUCUGUGGCAUCUGUGCAACCAACCCAGCCCCCAUUGAAGGAAAUACCACAACAACAAAAUGUUCCAAUAAGACAACCAAUAGGCGCCAUAGACAACCCGGUUUAUCAUAUUUACGAAUCUCUCAAACCAAUCGCCACACCAGCAAUUUUCACAAAUAAACCUGUACUGAAAUCCCAUAGCAUUAUGGAACUGAAACGUAGCAAAGAAAUAUUAAAUUACAAUUAUCAAAAUGGAAACACAGUGAUGAUGAACAACAGUAAAACCAAUGGUCACCAUCACUUUGAUGGGACACCAAAUGGUCACAGCAACGCUAACUCAAUAGAAUGCACCGAGGAUGAAGAUAAGGAGAAUUCAGAUACAUUAAAAAUGAUUAUACGCAGUGAUAGUCAAAAAUCAAAUAGCUCUAAGUCAAAGCGAAAAGGACACGAUAAUAACAUAUCCUUAUUGGAAUUUGAAAAAUAUCGAGAAGAGUUUCGUAAGCAAAUAAAAUUUAACGGUGGCAUUUACUCGGAUUUUGUCAAGUUAGCUUCAGAACUGCCAUACUUUUAUAUAAGUGACGAAUAUCGCGCUUUUUCUCCAAAUGGCAUGCAUUUAAUUAUCUGUGUUCAUGGACUUGACGGAAAUUCCGCAGAUUUACGCUUAGUUCGCACGUAUCUGGAAUUAGGAUUGCCAGGCAUUAAUUUAGAAUUUCUGAUGUCGGAACGAAAUCAAGGCGAUACAUUUUCAGAUUUUGAUACAAUGACUGAUAGACUUGUAGCUGAAAUACUAUAUCAUAUAGAGACAUGUGGGCUUAAUCCAACACGUAUUUCAUUCGUUGCACACUCUUUGGGAACAAUAAUCGUGCGUAGCGCUUUAGCACGACCACAAAUGAGACCACUACUGCCACGCCUUCAUACUUUUUUAUCACUAUCUGGACCACAUUUGGGCACACUUUAUAACACGAGUGGACUAGUCAAUAUGGGUAUGUGGUUUAUGCAAAAAUGGAAGAAAUCUGGUUCAUUGCUGCAAUUGUGUAUGCGAGACACUCCUGAUAUUAGGAACAGUUUUCUAUAUCGUCUUAGUCAACGCAGUACGUUACAUCACUUUAAGAAUAUAUUACUUUGCGGAUCUAGUCAAGAUCGUUAUGUGCCUGCACAUUCAGCUCGUCUAGAAUUGUGUAAGGCGGCUAUACGGGAUAAUUCUAAUCUUGGGACCGUAUACAGGGAAAUGGUACACAAUAUAGUUGCACCCAUAUUGGCGCGUCCUGGACUGAAAUUAGCGCGCUUUGAUGUACAUCACGCACUUCCUCAUACAGCAAAUACGCUCAUCGGUAGAGCAGCGCACAUUGCUGUACUGGACUCGGAAUUAUUUAUUGAAAAAUUUUUAUUAAUUGCAGGAUUAAAGUAUUUUAGUUAGCACAUUUAAGACAUGCACAUAGGAAUUAAGAAACUUAAGGAAUUUAUUUCGUAUUUAUUAAAAUACUCUUUUUGUAUCUAUACUACAAAAUGGAA